AUGUCAAAAGAAAAUAAUAAACCCAUUUCUCUCUACGAAUUAAUCAAACAAAAAUCUCAAAAAAAAGGUCGUCCGUUAAAAAUCGUUUGUGAUUGGGAUGAGUGUUUGUUUGCUUUUCGACCAUUUGCCAUUUAUGAACUCGGUAAGAUUAGUAAACCUUUCAAGGAUUAUUUUGAAGACUUUUCAAAAAAUACAAUAAUAGUUAGUGGUGAAGGCAGUAGUGAGAACCCCGCCACUCAUCAUCAACACGACAAUAUUCACACAACCAACGCUUUUAACCCUCAUUACAACGAGGUGAAAACAGCUGAGGCUGGUUUAAAUACCAAGCAAACUGACUUAACUACUGCCAACACUGAAUUAACUCGCAUUGCUGGUGAAGUUACCAAAAUUACUAAUGAUACUAAUUUAAAAACUUUAAUCAAAACUAACACCGCUGGGCAGCAAGAAGUUGAUAACGCCGAACUAACUCGAUUCUCUAACCUAGUUAAAAACGUCAAUAAUAACAAUAAUUCCCAACUCCAAGACCAGUUAACUCAGGCUCAACAGGAGCGGGAUAAUUAUAAAGGGGAAUUAGAAAAACAGCAAGAGAACCAUAAAGAUUGUGCUAAUAUUAAAUCAGAACGCGACCGCUUACAACAAGAAUUAGUUAAUAAAGAAAAAGAAUUAUUACAACACUUUAUUCAAGAGUUAAACCUUGCCUUAACUACUGGCACGAUUACCAAAGAGCAAGUAUUACAAGUAAUCAAAGAAAAGAUUAAGAAUUCUCCCGGUAAUUCCGGUUCGAACGCUGAUUUAACCGCCCAAAUUGACCGCUUAAAGCAAGAAAUUACCGAAUUGAAAAAUAGUAAAAUUACUUCGGAAGUUGUCAGAGAUAAAUUUGAAACUGUUUAUAGCAACGCGGGAAUAACUGUUUCGGCUUCUAUGAAAGAUAAAAUUGAUAGUACUUCCUCGGCCGAAGAAAAGUUGGGUUUGAAAUUAGAUAUAAUGAAUGAGGAAAUCCAAAAAGAGAAAAAACAAAAAGAUAUGGCUAAACGAAUGAAUAUUAUUUUCGGACUUUUAUCCGUUUUUAGUUUAUUAACAGUUGCUUUCUUACUAGUGAAAAAGGUAAUUUUACCGGGAAGUGAAUUAGGUCCCAAAAAAAAGAUAAAUAAGUAA